AUGUCGUCCGGCACCAUGAAGUUCAACGGCUACCUGAGGGUCCGCAUCGGCGAGGCCGUGGGGCUGCAGCCCACCCGCUGGUCCUUGCGCCACUCGCUCUUCAAGAAGGGCCACCAGCUGCUGGACCCCUACCUGACUGUGAGCGUGGACCAGGUGCGCGUGGGCCAGACGAGCACCAAGCAGAAGACCAACAAGCCCACGUACAACGAGGAGUUCUGCGCUAACGUCACCGACGGCGGCCACCUGGAGCUGGCCGUGUUCCACGAGACGCCCCUGGGCUACGACCACUUCGUGGCCAACUGCACUCUGCAGUUCCAGGAGCUGCUGCGCACGGCGGGCACCUCGGACACCUUCGAGGGCUGGGUGGAUCUGGAGCCCGAAGGGAAAGUGUUUGUGGGAAUCACUCUGACAGGGAGUUUCACUGAAGCCACUCACCAGAGAGACCGAAUCUUCAAACAUUUUACCAGGAAGCGCCAAAGGGCUAUGCGAAGGCGAGUCCACCAGAUCAAUGGACACAAGUUCAUGGCCACAUACCUGAGGCAGCCCACCUACUGCUCCCACUGCAGGGAGUUUAUCUGGGGAGUAUUUGGGAAACAGGGUUAUCAAUGCCAAGUGUGCACCUGUGUCGUCCAUAAACGCUGCCAUCACCUAAUUGUUACAGCCUGUACUUGCCAAAACAAUAUUAACAAAGUGGAUUCAAAGAUUGCCGAGCAGAGGUUUGGAAUCAACAUCCCACACAAGUUCAGCAUCCACAACUACAAAGUGCCAACCUUCUGUGAUCACUGUGGCUCCCUGCUCUGGGGGAUAAUGCGACAAGGACUUCAGUGUAAAAUUUGUAAAAUGAAUGUGCACAUUCGGUGUCAGGCCAACGUGGCCCCUAACUGCGGGGUGAAUGCGGUGGAGCUGGCCAAGACCCUGGCGGGGAUGGGCCUGCAGCCCGGAAACAUCUCUCCCACCUCGAAACUCGUUUCCAGAUCGACACUAAGACGACAGGGAAAGGAGGGCAGCAAAGAAGGCAAUGGUGUUGGGAUGAAUUCUUCCAACAGACUCGGCAUCAACGACUUUGAGUUUAUCCGCGUGCUGGGGAAAGGGAGUUUUGGGAAGGUGAUGCUUGCAAGGAUAAAAGAAACAGGAGAGCUGUAUGCCGUGAAGGUGCUGAAGAAGGACGUGAUCCUGCAGGACGACGACGUGGAGUGUACCAUGACUGAAAAGAGGAUCCUGUCCUUGGCCCGCAAUCACCCCUUCCUCACCCAGUUGUUCUGCUGCUUCCAGACUCUGGAUCGCCUGUUUUUUGUGAUGGAGUUUGUGAAUGGAGGCGAUUUGAUGUUCCACAUCCAGAAGUCCCGUCGUUUCGAUGAGCCGCGAGCUCGCUUCUAUGCUGCAGAGAUCAUCUCGGCCCUCAUGUUCCUCCAUGAGAAAGGAAUCAUUUACCGGGAUCUGAAACUGGACAAUGUGCUGUUGGACCACGAAGGUCACUGUAAACUGGCAGACUUCGGAAUGUGCAAGGAGGGGAUCUGUAAUGGCGUCACCACGGCCACCUUCUGUGGCACCCCUGACUACAUCGCCCCAGAGAUCCUCCAGGAGAUGCUGUACGGGCCCGCAGUGGAUUGGUGGGCCAUGGGUGUGCUGCUCUAUGAGAUGCUGUGCGGCCAUGCGCCCUUCGAGGCUGAGAACGAAGACGACCUCUUUGAAGCCAUCCUGAAUGACGAAGUGGUCUACCCCACCUGGCUCCAUGAGGAUGCUACCGGGAUCCUAAAGUCUUUCAUGACCAAGAAUCCCACCAUGCGCCUGGGCAGCCUGACACAGGGAGGCGAGCACGCUAUCUUGCGACAUCCUUUCUUUAAGGGAAUUGACUGGGCCCAGCUGAACAAUCGCCAGCUAGAACCGCCUUUCCGACCCAGAAUUAAAUCCCGAGAAGAUGUCAGUAAUUUUGACCCUGACUUCAUAAAAGAAGAGCCAGUUUUAACUCCAAUUGAUGAGGGACAUCUUCCUAUGAUUAACCAGGAUGAGUUUAGAAACUUUUCCUAUGUGUCUCCUGACUUGCAGCCCUAGCCUUGCACAGGGAAGGACAGACAGUAUGAGGGUCCAAAGGGAAUAAAGACUUCCCAGGAAUUUUCUUUGUGGGGACUCCCCAGCAUCUGCCUUAGAACACAGUCUUACCUUCAAGGAGCAGAUGUUCACAGCCUCGUGAAAAAUGGAACUCCAAGAAUCAACUCUCUAAAGUCCAGAGAGAGCCAUAGCCCUGGAAAGAGUUGAUGCAGAAAUGAGGUUUGAUGAAGACAUCACUGCUUAACCUGUGAGAUUCCAUGGCUACUUGGGACAGUAACAGGAACCAAAAGGAGCAAAUAUGUGAAGAAUAAAGUAGGUUCCAGAAAUUCUGAGGCAAACAGGCUUUUUUUUUUUACUUCAAGAUAGAAAUCAAACUUUUCUGUGGACAACUCGGUGCCCUUGGUUAAUCCAGUGAAGCACAGUCCUUUCUUUAAGCCCCACAGUGCAGUCUACAAGAAGACUCUAAAGGCUAAUGAAGAAUUUAAAUGCUUUCUUCGGGGAAAUGAAAGAUUCCUUUCCAAAGAGAAUGAUGGACUCUUCCAAUUUACUUUGAAGAAGCAAACACUGGUGUCCUUCAAACUCCCUACUCAAAGCCCAGUACUGAAAACAGAUGUUGGUACCCAGACAACUGCCACAGCAGACCCUGGCUUUCCUUUAGUAGAUAUUUAUUGAGCGUCCAGUGAAAAGGUGCACUGUCCACAGUAAUGUAAAUGGUAGCUCCGCCUUCAUGAAGCGUCCGUUUUUCCUGGGUUCCUUAAUUUACCUGAACAGUGUUUGCAUUCUGUGAAAUGCCUCUCCACGUCACAAAUGUCGCGUUUCUUUGUCUGCACAUAACUGUUGCUCACAGAAGGGUCACUGCCAGGCCCCUCACCUCCGCAGCCGGUGAACUUCGGGCACUCGCUUGGCUGCCUGCUGCCUGCUGCCCUGUGGAAUCUGACCAUGUCCACAUCGCCCUGGACUCAAGACUGAAGACACGCACGCAGUUUAUUUAACUUAUGUUGUCAGAGAGAAAGAAGUUUGUUUAAUAUACACUGUAAUGAGUAGAAAUGGAUCCUGUAAACAGGGAAUAUAGCAAAAACAGACCUGAUAAUGUAUAACCAAAUAUGACAUUGGAGAAUUUUAUGUGGCUGGAAAUAAAUACGUUUUGUAACA